AAGCACAGAAGACAGAGAACAAAGGCCACAGCUAUAAUGUCACUGAGCUGCACACACCCAGCGAUUGUGUUGGUGGAGACGUAAGAAAUCCCGUGAUGCACUGCAGCCCUAGUGUUUAGCAGUCGGCCUUUAUCUAAACAGCAGAAACUUUUCUCUUAGAACCCCACCCUAAACAACACACUAAGUUGGGCAUAUUUCCAAGGGAAUGCUUUAAGACUGCUGUUAUACAGACAUGGAGCAUUUCUCAGCCCCUUCCUCCUUGAUUUCUUUCUCCAGCACAGCUAUUCUAGGUUUGGCUUUGCUUAUAUUCGCUCUGAUAUUAGAUUUGGUGAAGUAUAGAAGAAGAGAAAGUGGUUACCCUCCUGGGCCUUCCCCCCUGCCGUUUGUGGGGAAUGUAUUCCUUCUGGAUCCCAAGGACAUACCCACCAGUCUGUCAAAGCUGAGGAAGAGAUAUGGGAAUAUAUACAGCCUGCAGCUGUUCUGGGAAAAGGCAGUGGUACUGAAUGGGUUUGAAACAAUAAAAGAAGCAUUUAUCACUAAAUCAGAGGAUACUGCUGACAGAUGUCCAAUCCCCAUCUUUGAAUAUCUUGGCUUUCAUAAGGCUUUCGCUUUUGCAAAGUAUGGCCAGAGCUGGAAAGACCUAAGAAGAUUUUCCAUUUCGACUUUCAGGGACUUUGGCAUGGGGAAAAAAACUAUUGAAGAGCCUGUGAGGGAAGAAGCCAGCUAUCUCUGUACUGCAAUUCAGGCGAAGGAAGGCUGCCCCUUUGACCCAUUCCUCUUGUUGAAUCAAGCGGUUAGCAAUUUAAACUGCUCAAUUAUCUUUGGAGAGCGCUACGAUUACAGCGACAAAGCAAUCCAGAAACUUCUGUUUCUUCUUCAAGAGAGAUUUCACCAGGAAACUGGAACCGUUUCUCAGAUCUUAAACAAUUUCCCUCGGCUCAUAAAAAUUGUUGGUCCACAUCUGAACUUGUUUAAAGUCCAAAAUGCAUUUCUAGACUACUUGAAGGCAAAAAUCAAGGAGCAUAAGGAUACAUGGGACCCAACUGUCACACGGGACUAUAUUGAUGCUUUUUUUGAGGAGAUAGAGAAGACAAAAGGUAACCCCCAGAGCAGCUUUAAUGAGACUGCACUUUUGUAUACUAUUGCCGAUCUCUUUGUUGCUGGAUCAGAGACAACAUCCAAUACCCUAAGAUGGUCCAUCCUCAUGAUGCUCCUCAAUCCUCAAAUACAAUGUUUAGAUAAAGUUCACGAAGAAAUCGAUCAGGUGAUUGGCCGGGAUAGGAAACCCAGAAUGGAAGACCAGCGGAACAUGCCUUACACUAAUGCAGUUAUCCAUGAAACUCAGCGUUAUGGAAAUAUCCUGCCAAUGGCUCUCUUUCACAUGACAUACAGGGACACUAAUAUCCAAGGCUAUAACAUUCCAAAGGGUACAACAAUCAUCCCAAAUUUAACAUCGGUUUUAAAGGACGAGACUAUUUGGGAGCAUCCUUAUCAGUUUUAUCCAGAACAUUUUUUGGAUUCAGAAGGAAAGUUUGUGAAAAGAGAAGCAUUUAUACCAUUCUCUGCAGGAAAACAUAUGUGUGCAGGGGAGGCGUUAGCCAAGAUGGAGCUGUUCCUCUUCUUUGUUUCCCUUUUCCAACAUUUUGAGUUCCAAAUUCCCACUGACCAGCCUCGGCCUCGAAAUGAUCCGGUUUUCAUAUUCUCCUAUACUCCUCACCCUUUUAAAGUGUGUGCUAUUGUGCGCUAAUCCAGUAGAGGAGAAAUCCAUCAUUUGCCCGAUUAAAUGUUUUCAUGGGAAUAUUUCCAUAAAGUGACAAGCUGGUUAGAGCUGUGAUAGAGCAACUUUGAAUUUAUAUCCCCUUUAUUGAUGUCAUACCAAGGUUUUGAACACCAUAAUUUGAAAAUGGAACAUGUGCCACAAAUAUAUGUAUCUAUGUCUCCCACC